AAUUUUAUUUAGGGUGGAUUGCAGUCUGAUAUGAUUUGUUUUUCGUUCCAUGAAUUUUCAUUGAAUAUUAGAACAAUAUACGUAAUAAAUAAUAAACAAUUUCUAAUAUAAUAACAAAACAAUAAAUAUGACGCUCUUCUAUGCUGGUUUCAAUGCAAGUUCAUUAUUUACGGAAGAAGAAGACAUUAUUAUAGCAUUGGAUCAAUUCACAAAAGUUCCUUUUUCUGGUAUUACAAAUAUGGAAAUUAGUUGGAACUAUUUCCUUCUUUGGAGAGAUUUGGAAUUAUAUAUUAUUGGAAAAGUAGACAAUAGCGAUGACAAGAAAGCACCAGAGUUAUUAAAAAUUCCAGAAUCAUCUGGAAGGUGUAAAAUUGUUGGCGCUGGAAAGGAAAGCGUAAUAAUAUCAACAACGACUAAUGAAAUCUGGCAAUAUCGUCUUUAUGAAAAAUCUUGGAAGAAGGUUCUCAAUUUUAUCAAUGCCAGCAAUGAAUUGGAAGAAGAAUAUCCUAUCAAAAUAUCACAAAGAGGAUGUACAGUAAUUCUUACAAAUUUAGGGCGUAUUUUUAAUAUUCCUAUUUUAGUAGAAAUGCCAAAAAGGAUAAAAUUUGUAGAUUUCUCCUGUGGUUUUGAUCACACAAUAAUGUUAGCAGCAAAUGGCGAUGUUUAUUCGAUGGGUAUGGGAACCCGUGGACAAUUGGGACACGGUGAUUUAGAAGAUUGCGAUGAUCCACAAUUAAUAGAAGCACUGGCUGGCCUUAACGUAGUGCAAAUAUCUGCUGCUGGUUGGCAUAAUGCUGUUGUCACAGAUCAGGGAGAUCUUUACACUUGGGGAUGGAAUGUAAACGGAGAAUUAGGCAUACCAAACGGAGACACCAAAGUUAUAGCAAUUCCUACAGUCAUCAAUUUCAAAAAUGAUAAAGAGGAAUGCAUAGAUAUAAGUGUAAAAAAAGUACAAUGUGGAAAUACAUUUACUAUUUGUAUGAUGGAUGACAAGUCACUCUGGGGUUGUGGUUCCAACAAAUAUGGACAAUUAGGACAGUCACGGCAAAAAGUUACAAGUUCUACAAUUUUUUUUAAAUUAGACAUUCCUUUAGAUUGUAAAAAUAUAAUAGACUUUAAAUGCGAAGAAUGGGGUACAAUGAUAUCGACUGAAAUUGUUUCUUCUAGUAGGUAAUAUUCUUAUUGUAUAUAAUAGAAUAUUAAAUAAAGAAAAUGAAAAAAUCAA